AAUCUCGGCCAGACUUUUCCCGGUGUCGCUGCCAGCGGGUUGAUAAGUCAGAUCGGUACGGCUCUGGCAUGGAGCUAUAUAAGCAGUGUAGCUCACCACUUUCAGCAACAGUCAAGCUCAGAAUCCAACCACAAAACCAACAACAUGAAAUUCCUAUCAGUUGCCUUCGUUCUGGGUCUGCUGGCUCUGGCCAACGCCACUCCUCUCAAUCCUGGCAAUGUCAUCAUCAACGGCGACUGCCGCGUCUGCAAUGUGAGGGCCUAAGGGCAGCAAAGCUGGAGGAAUGGAAUCUUGCCACUUGAAGUACACACAGCCACCUAUUUUUAAGCCGAAAAUGUAAUAGAAAUUCUAAGAGUUUAUUGCUCAAAUUAAACAAAAUUCCAACAAAACCA